UUAAAAUGGCGCCGCUCUGGCCAGAGGAAGUGGAUGUUUUUUCAGUUCCUCACUUAAGAAUGAAAGAACUGGUGCAGCGAUAUCUAGAUAUGAUGUCAUCUAUAAAUUUUUCCGAUGUGGUGAACUUAACAACAUCGCUGGAGAGUCUUUUCAACACUUUCAAGAUGUUCAAAGCACAUGAGCAGAUAGAAAACAAGUACAUCAUGCGUCGGCUGAGGGAGAAGCUUCAGGCACUGUCCAUCACCAACAGGGCGGUCUGCAACUGCCACAAGGACAGCAAGCUCUCCAAGAUGCUCAGUCUCCUGCAACAAGGCCACAGCAUGGCGAGGACGACCGAUAUGGAGCGGGUCAACUUCGGCUUGAAGCUGCGUCAGGCGCUGGAGGACUUCACGGAGCAGUUCCUGCCACACAUGGAGGAAGAAGAAGAGGUGUUCCAGCCAAUGUUGAUAGAGUACUUUAGCUACGAAGAACUGAAGGAAAUCAAGGCUAAAGUGAUUAAAAAGCACUUGAUUCAAGAACAGAGCGAGCUGUUCACUGUGGAAAAGUGUGUGGAAGAUGCUUUGUCCAGUGAAUCAUCUGAUGAAGAAGCUGAGGUAGUCUCUCCGAGAUUGGGUUAUAACCAUCUUCCUUAUGAAGUGAGGCUGAAAAUCGUCUCGUACCUGUGCCCUCGUGACCUGGGCAGGUGUGCACAGGUGUGUCAGGGCUGGAAUCUCCUAGCACUGGAUGGAUCGUUGUGGAUGGAUCUCUAUCCAGUCAGCUGGGCAAAAGGCAUAUGGACCUUUGAGCCUCCACAAAUUGAUGACUGCGAUAUUGAGCCUGAGAAUAAUCACUUUGUGUAUGACGAAGAUGCAGACAUUGACGAAUCGGGAACUGACAGCUAUUUCGAACAGGACCAGGACCUUAAACAGGCUUACAAAGAAGCACAUUUGUUGAGCAGUCUCGUAGAAGGACUUCUGCCACGAGUGGGCAGAUUUGUCAAGAAAUGCUCUCUUGCUUUUAGCACAGGACUUUGCAGUGGAAUGGUUCACAAGUUUUUGCGACUUUGCCCAAAUCUCGAACAUCUUGAUUUCACGCAUUCAGCUGUGUCAGAUGUAGCAUUUAAAGGGUUUGGUAUGGACAUGUGUGGCAAGAAGCUGAAGUAUUUGAAUCUCACGGGCUGUACGAAAAUCACUGACUUGACGUUACAAAGACUGGCUUGUGCUCUCAAGUUAACAGCCUCGUUGUCCUCACCCAGCGACAUCGAAGAUGUCCAAAGAACAAAUUCGAACUCGUGCUUCCAUGGCAACAACUCUGUGAUACAAGACGACAUCCAGCCAAAUGAAAUCUGUUUGCAAGACGUUCACAGAAAUUCAUCCACAGCCGGCACCGUCAUCCCGUGCUGUUCAACUAAUGAACAAACUACACUGUCGCUGGUUACAGUCGAAAUUCCCAGCCUAGGCUGCAGCGACGUGAUUCUACUUUCCAACCAAACCGAGAACUGUACACCUAAGAGGUGUUGUAAUUGCAUAAGGACUACUGUGUGUUGUAAAGACGCGAGGCCGCUCUGUGUUGUGUCUGGCCGUGAUAAGGACUUGGACGGUCAGAUGAUCAAUCUGUCUGUAGACAACAGUGGCGUGCCUCUCACCCAUGGUGGGCUUGAGUUUCUCAGCUUGUCGGGGUGUUACCAGAUAACAGAUGCUGGCCUGAGGUCACUGGCAGAGUCGAAGAACUUGCUCCAUCUCGAGUACCUCAAUCUGUCUGGCUGUGUGGACAUAACUGCCGAUGGACUGACCACUCUGGUCAGUGGCUGCACGAGUCUUGACCACGCGAAUCUGUUCUACUGUGAUAACCUGGCCGACGACCCGUACCCAGCCACGGCCAGCAGCUGUCAGAACCUCGAGUGUUCAUCUCGAUACUGCUGCCGCAUCGGAGAUUAAAGUACUGAAGUUCUUGUGGUCUGUCGAAUAAGAAGACUUUCCUGUGUGGAAUUUUGUACUUGUACAAAUAUAUAAUAUAUAUAUAUAUAUAUAUAUAUAUAUAUGUUAUAUCGAGGUGAUUAAGUACAGGGUAGUUUGAAGUGUCACUUAAAAUUCUCUUAAAUUUGCAGACCCUAGAUUCAACCCAUUAAAAUGGACACUAUGUUUGGUUAAUCUACAAACCUGUAACACAUCUGGAUAAAGUUACAGUAGAGUGAAACAUGAGUCUGUGAUGUUGAAAUGGGUAAAUACUCUUAAAAUAAACUAGAGGUCAUCUCCAUAACCGUUACUUCUCAGAGGUAUGUGCAUUUUUUAAAUAUGUAAAAUGCAUUUUAUGAUAUAAUGCUAGGAUCAGACUACCAACAGCCAACUUUCUGCUGUCUCGACUUCUAUGACUGUCCGUAUGCUAGUCUGAGCACUCGAUUCUCGUCGUAUAACCCGUUAGUUGUUAAUCUGAGAGUACCCGUCGUAAGUCGGGAGUUGGGGAAAUGACAACGCAACCAUCGAGUUGGCUAACUUUGUCGUGACAGUUGACAGUCUUAGCCUAGAAUUAAAAACACCAGGCUGACCAGAAUCUCUUCUGAUGUAAGGAAGUGAAUAAUCUAAACAAAAAAAUUGAUUUCAUUUAUCAAAAACGGCUCUAAAUUCUAAUAGUGAAAAAUACAUCGUAGUGUUUAAAAACUAAUGUCUGUCAUUUUAACAUUUUACAUUCAGAAUUUUUGAAAGUUUAUUAUCAGACAAAAGAUAGGGAGGUUAGAAAAAUCCCAUACAUGGGUUAUAUUUAGUAGGUUUCAUUAUUUGUAAUUAGAUUAUAUUGAGCAAGUUGCUAGAGCUCUGUUACCUAGUUUAUUUCAUGAGACGAUUCAUUUCAUUUGUCGGGAAUUUAACGAAUCUCUGGGUUACCUAUGAACAAAAUUAUUGCUUGCUUUAUCCCAACACACAUAAAAAUCACUCACACUUAAAUUUUACCUCCAGUUAUAAUUUUCAGUUCUUUCAUUUUUUUUUUUUUUUUUUUUUUUUUUUUUUGUGUGUGCAUGUCACAUGCCAUGUGUGUGUGGUUUUAACCUAAAAUUUUGAAUGGAAAAAAAUCAAUGGUAGUCAAACAAAGGUAAGCCAAAUGCUGUUGGAGGGAUGGUCACAUUAGUAUUAUUUCAGGAAGGAUGCAUCAUCUUAAUAUCAGAUAGUCACGUGUACAGACCUGGUCUAAUUCUGUUGUGCUCCACGUUAUGCACCAUUAUAGUAAAUGCACUAUACAUGUACAUACACAUUUUCAGUUUGUUACCAGUUUCAUUGCUUUCAUUUUAGACUUUUUUUUUUUUUUUUCUUUUUUUUUCUCACAUCAGUUUUUGUCAUUAAAUUUAAUGUAUUAUUGUGUCUCAAACAGGGCCGUAGAAAGGAUUUUUUGUGUGGGGUGGGGGUGGGUGGAUGAAUUCUUGGAACAAGUGAGCAUGGAAUGAGCAAGACAAGAAAAUUUUGAAAUCUAGAGGCUAUUAAAUACCAUUUUUCAGGCACUUCAGAGAGGUUACAUACUUAAAAUGUCAAUAUCAGUAAUCAUUUUAAUAAUAUUUUUAUCAGAUUUUUUUUUUGUUGUGGGGGAGGGGCAACUACCUCUUGUUCCCACCCACCCACUCCACUAGCUACAGCCCUGUCAAAUAGUUUUCAGUGUCACAAAAGCAUUCUAACUUUGGGAAUAAAACAGUGAGAAAAGAUUAUAUUUAUCUGUAAGGGAUCAUUCACCACGUUCAUGAACAUCCUAACCAUAUUAAUUUUUGAUAUCCGUUUUCAACCUCCUGAAAGAAGGAAAUGUUUUAUUUAACAACGCACUCGACACAUUUUAUUUAUGGUUAUAUGGCGUCAGAACCUCCUGAAAGUGUACAUCAACAAUAUUGAUUUUGUACGCUCUUGGCAUUGUUGUUAACUGCGAACAACCCACAGUCUUAGAUCAUUGGGGUAAUAAGACAUCAUUACGAGUAUGUGUGUGUUGUAUUAAAGUUUAAAUUAGGAGCUGGGCUACACACUGAUUGCCAUGCAGUUUUCCCUUCAGAUUGGCACGCUCCUGUGUCAUUGAUGCAGAUCAUGGAGCAUGGGUCGGCAUGGAAUAUAAUCAACUCUGUCUGCCUGCGAGAUCUCUACAUACACUGAAAGAGUAGAUGGAUUUCAUUAGAGAAAACAAAUCAUAUUAAAUUUAGACAUGGGGGGCGGCUUUUUAUUUAAUGAUUUUUUAAAUAUGAUGAUAUAUUUUUUGUUUGGCAUUCUGUUCGUUAUCUUUUUUAUCAUUGAAUCAAUGAAAAGUAUUGCAGAGGCAGAAGUUUAACAUAAUUCUGGAAUCGAUUUGUGUAAAAGAUUUCCAUGUUAAAUUCCAUUUGCAAAAGACUUGUUGUUUUGUUUAGAAAUUCAAUUAUCAGUUUACAUCAAUCAACAAUGAAUAUUGACCGACUUGCUAUUUGCUUGUCUCUUAAUCAAUACAUUUAGUGGCAAUGUUUUCGUUGGAUUUCUUCUUUGCAUUUUUAUAUGCUAUAAUUUCUAAUGGAGAGUAAGAGGCACUUAGUUUUAGUUUUAGUUUUUUUUUACAGUCUUCGCCACGAGCAGAAUCAAGGUGAACUAAGAUCAUCCCUCUGAAAUGGUUUAAAAAUUUGAUAGUUUGUUUUGUUUAACAAUAUCACUAGAGCACAUUGGUUUAUUAAUCAUUGGCUAUUGGAUGUCAAACAUUUGGUACGUUUGACAUAUAGUCUAGCAGCUAAAGCCU